CUGCGUUCUGUGACAUCAUGCGCAUACCCUCUAUAGACCCUCUCAUCACUCUUGUUUAGUCCAAUCACUGAGGUGUCAUCUACAAAUUUUAUGACGAUUGUGUUUUACCUACUCUCACUAUCAGGAAGUGAAAUAGCCCCAACAUGCUCUGUAUUCUCACCUGUUUUAUUCAGGCAGCCUGGAUAUGAGACAGCCGCCUGCUGGGUUUCAACAAAUUAACAAUCUGGCUGAGUGAUGGAGAGAACUCCAAACUGCUGCGCUAUUACUUCACUGAUCGCUUUGGCCAUCCUAGUCUUAUUUCCUGUGAGGUCUUGGUGUGAGGAAGACACCUACAAAUUGCCAGCACAGGCCAACAAGCCAGAGUGCUGUGUUAAUGGAGCUGCACAGCUGCACAAGAGAUUUGAUGACAUCGACUAUGACAGCUUUGUGAGUCUAAUGGGAAGGAGAAGUGCUGCUCAUGCUAAGAGAGACAUGGAUCACAUCUUCACUGCUCUGCUGGGACGGAGAACAAGAAUAGUGUGUCCAUGUGCCAAGGAGUAUUUCAACAGAGAAAGAGAGGCCAACUAAUCAAUCACGGGAGGCAGAGGUAAGAGACACUGACCUGCAGGUGUUUCUGGCUCUGGAGCUGAGAGUCAUCUGCUGCCUCCAUGUUCCUGCUCAACACAGG